GAACCGAUCGCUCGCAUCGCUCCCGGGACUCGAGAACUCGAACGCCGGACUUCGACUUCGCUUUCGACAUUCGAAAUCGAUUCGAAAUUCCUUUUACGCGGUUAAUUAUUGAACACACUUGAAGGGCGCCGGGCCCAUCAUAAGUUGUGGAAAUUACGACUUUAGCAUAUUGUGUUUGUGUGUUUUGUUGUCCAAAGACCAAAGUGUAAACAACCGAAAGACUUACGAGGAAUUCUUAAAACUCACAAGAAGAAUAACAAUCAAAAAAUGGGUCGCCUGUUCCAGUACAACCGCUUUGGCGCCACGGAUAACAUCCAGAAAAAUAUCAGCAAAAAGGAUACCCAGCAAAAGAACAAAAUGCUACGCAAUGCCAUCAAAUGUCCAGGAUACUCGGACAUCUAUGGUCAGUACAAUGAGGACUUGUCCUUCGAGAAGUGUCAACAAUGGAGCCACAAGCUGCAGUUCCCAGCCACUGCCACCGAAAUGGACAAACCUCUGGAACCGAUCCAGAGUCGCACGCACAAGGUCUAUGACAGCAUGAAGAACUUUCUGCAGCGCAAACUGUUCGCUCAGCCCUCGCACAAGGAGAGGGAGAUCCUGAGCGAGGAGGCCACCAGCGAUUAUGAUGAGCAGGACCUUCUCGACUCCUCGUACCAAGCCGACGCGGAGGAAGAAGAGGAGGAGGAACGCGAUGCGGAUUGCAGCUGCAGCUCCACUUCCGGCAGCUCAGCCACGCCCAAGAGAUCUCCCCAAAAGUCCCUGCUUUCACUCAACUGCUGGCAGAGCAGUCACCCAAGCAGUGACUCCAAUCCAGAGGAGGAGGAGGAUGAGGAUGACGAGGAGGACUCCGAUGCAGGAAUCUCCGACUGCUGUCAGCUGCUAGCUGAGAACUCCUCGAGUUCCAAUAGCAAACGACACAGGACACCACUGCCUCGAUAUAGCACCGCCAAUCAAAACUCUGAUGAGGACGAAGACGAUGAAGAGCCGGAGCUGCUGCAGUGUCCUUGGUAUCAGCCGAGGAUUACCUCCAAGGCGGCAGUGGAGCACCUACAAAAGGCCACGCCGGGCAGCUUCCUUCUGCGACGCAGUAAUCCCCGGCACUUUGAGCUUCUCCUGCGACUGGAGAGGAGUAACAAGGUCAAGACCUACCUGGUGCAGUCCACCCGGAAUCAGAUGUACCGCCUUAAAGGAGCCAAGAAGCAAUUCACCAGCCUAAAGGCUCUCAUCACCCAUCAUUCCGUGAUGGCGGAACAGCUGCCGCUGACCCUGGACAUGCCGCGGGAGCGUCAUGUGGUGAAACCGUCAUCGGUGCGCUAUGCCGAUGACUUUGAGCCACUGGAGUCCCUGCAGCUGCUGGGCAUCCUCAGGAGCCUGCAGGCCAGGAGCAUCGAGAUAUAGGAGUUAGUCAAUAAGCGGGGUCUACUGGGGCGGGCUAAGUAAUAUCGAACUGCAAAGGGAACGAUAGGUGAAAGUAAUUAGGGAUUUGUUUUUCUAUGGCUAAGUACGUUGUGAUAUGGCCGAGCAACCCCUCGGUUCUAGUUGUUAGUUAUUAUCAUAAGGCCACUACCCACUAAGCGACAUAUUGUGUAGAGGUAUAAGUUUUCUAUUACGAAUAAAAUCGAACAAUGGCACUUUGCAAAAACACAA